AUGAAGCCGAUAAAACGAAGCACCGUCCAUUCUGCGGAACGGCGACAUCCAGUGACCUCAACAGGGACAGCAUCGACAAUCCAUCGCAAUGUUUGGCUACGUGUGCUCAUCACGAUACCACUUCUGUUCCUGUUGCUGCUGCCAUGCUUUGGCAAUGCACAAAACCUGUCAACUGUCGACGUCCAACAGGUGGAGGUGGUCAUUCCCGAGGGCUCGGCCACCAAGGAACUUCCGCAUCCGAUCGUUACAGUCACACCGGAGCCCAACGGAACUCUGCCCGUCAGGAUGGUCGUUUCCCCGCGACGCCAUAAGCCUCACCGAAAAGGCAAUAAGCCGAAAAAACGGAAAAACACCAUGCAAGUGGCGCUGCAAAGUGCCGCCCGCAAGGGCCUGGAAGCGAUGAUCGAGCUGUACGAUCGUGAGGAACCCAUGAUUCUGAAACGAGGAGCUAUUCUGGAUGCGAACGAACCGGGAGCUCUAUUGGCGCAGUUUAGUGCUUCGAACCAAACGGAAACGGAUGCGAAAGCCGCCUACGCGUCGCUGGUGGCGGCGAAGAAGUUCAAGCAAAGCACUAACGUCGAGUAUGUCGCGAUCGGUCGCCAGACACCGCCGAAGAUUUCGUUAAAGAAAACACCACUGGAAAAGCUGUGCCCAUCGCGGGAUGCACCACGUUGCGUGCCUGCCAGUUUACGGUAUCGAACGCACGAUGGCACGUGUAAUAAUGCCCGCCGGCCACGCUGGGGUUCGGCGCAGAUGCCGUUCCAUAGGUUUUUGGCUCCCGAGUAUCAGGAUGGCGUCGAGGAUAUACGUCGAUCCGUCACCGGUGCGUCAUUGCCCUCGGCCCGCUUCGUCAGCCUCGUAGUACACGGAUCCCGCAAUGAAGAAGCCCCAGUUACGAUGAUGCUAGCCCUCUGGGGUCAACUGAUCGAUCACGACAUCACGGCGACGGCACAGCCACGCAGCAUCAACGGUUCCACUCCACGCUGUUGCAAUGGUGGCGAGGAAAGCACCCAUCCAUCCUGCCUGCCGAUCAAGGUGCCGCAGGACGAUCCCUGGCUGUCGCAUCUCGGUGUACGCUGCCUCGAAUUUCUUCGUUCAGCACCAGCCCAACGGCGUGAUUGUUUGCUUUCGUGGCGUGAGCAAACCAACCAAGCAACAUCCUUCCUGGACGCAUCACCGAUCUACUCGAGCAACCCGCGAUCUUCAGACAACGCACGGAUUUUCCGAAACGGCAUGCUGCUGUUCGGUCGAGGUCCACCACACGAGGACGUCUGCUUCCGGGCGGCACUCGCAAACCAAUGCAUCCGGCCUGGGGACAGUCGAAGUGGUGAACAACCGGGCCUGCUGAUGAUGCACAUGAUCUGGGUGAACGAGCACAAUCAGAUCGCGACCCGACUCUCGGACAUCAACCCACACUGGAGCGAUGAGAAGGUGUACCAGGAAACACGUCGUAUUGUCGGAGCGCUUGUGCAACACAUCACGUACCGGGAGUUCCUGCCGCUAGUGCUUGGGAAGGAGGUCUGUCGGUUGUUCGAUCUCGAGCUGGAGACCAGUGGUUACUAUCGGAACUACGACGCGAACGUGAACCCGACGGUAGCGAAUGAGUUCUCAGCUGCCGCCUUCCGGUUUGGCCAUUCGCUGAUCCAGAGCACGUACAUGCGCGCUGAUCGGCACCACCGGUUUAUCGCGAACAACGUCAGUCUGCACGAGGACACGUCCGAAGGUGAUUUUGGUGGUCCAGGCUCGUUGCACCGGUUGCUCCGUGGGAUGGUCAAUCAGCGGGCACUGAAACGUGACGAGUUCAUCACCGCAGAGCUGACGAACCAUCUGUUUCAGACAAAGAGCUUCCCGUUUGGGCUCGAUCUGGCCGCGAUCAACAUCCAGCGUGGUCGUGAUCAUGGUCUACCGGCGUACGUGAACUGGCGUGGACCGUGCGGGUUGUCCAACAUCAAGGAUUGGUCGGAUUUGGAGCGCAUCAUGGGCUCAGCGUCGACGAAUCGACUACGGAAGGCGUAUCGAACGGUUGACGACAUUGAUCUUUUCGUGGGAGGACUGGCCGAACGUCCGGUUGUUGGUGGAAUUGUAGGGCCCACCUUUUCCUGCAUCAUUGCGCAGCAGUUCAGCAAUCUGCGUAAGGGCGAUCGAUUUUGGUACGAGAAUCCGGGUUUUGAGUCGUCGUUCACACCAGCACAGCUCGAGUCGAUCCGGCAGGUGGCCCUCUCGCAGGUCCUUUGUCGAGCGUUGGGUGGUGGCGGUACGUUGCAACCCUUCGUGUUUCUUCCUGCUGACUUUAGCCAGAACGAGCGACUUCCGUGUGAAUCGCGAUUGAUGGCACCGAUCGAUCUGGUACCGUGGAAGGAACGCGACCCAUUCAACAACGACGCGACGGACGGAGACCAGGACGACGAGGACGACGAGGACGACGAUGAUGAUGGAGAUGACGCAGGAGUGUUGGGUGCGAACGGGAUCCUGUCUCUAUCUGACCUUGGUACGGCACAUUCUUCGACUUUCUCCUCGACGACGACGACGUCGACGACGACGCGAAGACCGACGUUGGUGGUGACUACCGCCAAAAACGUCGUCAACAAGGUGGACCUUAUCACGAACGGAAACACAGGGUUGCAACCCAACCGACAGAGACCUCCACCUGCGGGACAACAGUUCUCGACACUGACCGUGGAACCGACCGUACUGAUAAGCAACAAGGUUGACCUCAAACCAACAUCUACGCGACCAACUCCGAGUGGACAGUCGUCCACACCGACAGUAAUAGACCACAAGCUGGACCUUAAGGUGACGACGAAACCGACUCAAAAGCGCAAACCGACACGCAAACCGACCACCAAGAAACGACCCCAAGCAGCCACAGCCGCCAAACCACUCGUGAGCAAUAACUUGGAUUUUUCCGCAUCACGUGACACCAACGGUACGCUAACUUCCGACGAACACCUGGCGAAACAACGCCUUCUAGAGCGCACGAGACGUGAGACCUCAAAAGUACACGACCAAAACGCACGCUACGGGUACUACCAGACUCCGGCACCUCCGGAUGACUACAGUGACUACGAUGACGACUAUGGGACGGACUAUGACCCACCGCCACCGCCGUACCUGUCGUACGGAUAUCACCGACCAACGACGACUACGACCACUACUCUGGCCCCACAGUACGGGUACUAUCCGCCCUACGGUGGAGGUUACUACGGGACACCGACAGCUGCUCCAGCGCCACCAAACCCUUACUUCGACACACGCAGACCGCUACGAACGACGACCCCGAGACGUAGACUUUCCGACAAACUGACGCUAGACACCGACCACGUGACUCAGCGACCUCACAAGACCUCAACUUUGCGACCACCGAUGGCCACCAACGGUCACCCGGCGACGCCCAAUAAACCUUUCAAAAAGCCUUCCUCUCUCGCUCACUCUUCUGUCUUUUCUGUCGACUUCAGAAGCCUUCCCACUGAGGGCCGUAACCUUCUGACUAACAGCAGUAGCAGCCCUUUGCUUCACGCUGCCUCGGUAGCCACUGAUAACAGCACUAUCACCACCGCGAACGGUUCCUCUGCCGUUCCGGUGGUUUCUCGCUCUGUCUUCACUUCCGGGGAUCUUCCCAUGAAGCUUUCGCAAUCUUUCUCUACCGACGACUACGGCACUGACUAUGACCAUGACGAUGACGAUGCUGACCGGACGAGACAGGACACAAAGCCCCAGACACAAAACGGGCUCGACGGAACGGCCACAAACGUACGUGACGCGGACCGACUUUUGGUACUUCCGAUUGACGAACACGACGGGUACUUGCGACCGGAACAAACGCACUACGAACCACUUGUACGCGUGUCCGAACCUAGCAUGGCGAUGGGCUACCGAGACUACUGGACAAACGACAGGACAAACGUCGGCACCUACGCCGGUUACCUCGACCGAAAGACACCGACACCACUGCACCGAGACGGGACAUCCGACAGCAGAUACGCACCCGGACAUGACCAACCGCUGCUGCUAGACGAUUACUCGGACAGGUUCGUUGGACUCCUGCUCGACGACGCCAAACGAGACCUGGACAAACGAACCAGAACCGUCAAGACGAAAGUGGAACGAACCCUGCCACAGCAGCGUUCUAUACGGGACAGACCGAGUAAGACCAAGACACCGCCAGUGACAAAACUUAAGAACAAACGACCGAUCAGCAACGGACUAGCUACUACUUUGACCAAAAAACCGAGCUCCAUCGCAUUGGUACCGUUCGUCCUGUUGACCAGCAUAGACAGGCCUGACAAUUGGGUGAUGUACCAUUCCAAACCUUCCAAGAACCGGAAGCCACCGAUCGCGGUGCCGCUUCUGAAAAGUGACGCGUUUUCGCUUAGCGAAUUCCCAAAACCGAUCGCAGAUCCGGACUAA